CCAUGCGAGCUUCAGUUUUCAGCAGGGUCUCGUCGAGGAAAAAACCGAUCGUCGCUCCGUUCGACCUUGCCAAAAAGUUUUCGAUCGUCGUCCGCGACGCAAUCGACGCUCUUCUACAUAUACGUUUUCUUUUUUAUUUUUAAUUUUGCUCGACGCGACCGUAAUUGUGCUUCAGCAUGUGAGUCAUUGGAAACAAUAGAGGAAAGAAGCGAUCACCCGUGGAGUCGUCGCCGAUCCACGUGUGAAGCAAGUGCGCUCUUUCGUGUCUUUUGGUGUUUUGUAUACGAAAAUCGUUUUUAUUAUUGGUUCGGUACUGUGAGGAGUCGAUGGACGUUCGUGGGGUGAUUUUUUAACUGAAUAUUUAUCAAGGAAAUGUCAUUGGUGCGAGAAAGGAAGUGAUUGUUUUUAAACAAGAAAAACCAACAUUAAUUCCUUCCAUUAAAAGCUCUCUUUAUCACUGGUACAAAAACCCUGGGAAAACUCUAACGAACUUCAUGCUCGAGGGCUCGCGAAUGGCUUUACUCAUUCCAAGUAAAUUGAUUAAUUGAACCACGGGACGAAUUCGAGAAAAAUUGGAAUGCGAGGGAUUAUUUUCGGUCGUGAGUUUUCGAGAGUACCCGGUCACAGAUUGUUGAGUAUCCGGUGGUGAUUCAGAGGACAUCGAGCCAUUCGAACGAGGCUUCCAAAUGCGCGCACGAGGAAGUUGAAGAAAGAAGAGUUCCUGCGAGGUUAGAACGGUGUUUCCUGCGAGAAUAUACGACGUGCUGUAUGGAAACGUCAGCCCUCCCAGGACACGAUGAAGCCGUUCAGAAAAAUUCCACCGAGCUUCUUGAUCGGGGUUUCAUGAACAGCUGCCCGCCAAGCAGUUUCCCCGACAAGUUUCAAGACUUCUUCGCUGCCUUGAACGAGGAUUCCGACGACCUUCCCAGCAUGCUCGAGGACAAGCUAAUACCGAGACAGCAGGAUACCCCCGACUUCGACUCGAAGGGCAGACGAUGGAGCAAGAAGGCCUUUCAGAGGAGGAGCAGCGAGGUCGAAGUUCGUCUGCAUCGCACCUCCUUGACAGGAUCUCAAGGUCACACCACGGUGGACGGCUCGAAAUCACCGACCCCUUCCAGACGACGUAGUUGUAGCAUAGCUGUGGCCAGACCUACUCCAGACUUGCACAGGAGAAUAAUGGGAUCCUAUUUGCGUCAAAGUAUCGCACAGUUUCUGCAAGCGGAGGCAGGCCCAUGGGGGCACUUGUCACCCUCGCCCAGAAGCCCCACGAGGACUCCGGCCAUAAGUCCUGGAGCAGCCUCGACCUCGUCACACCUGAGUCCAGGAACUAGCUCCGGUGGUCCUAGUCCGACCAGUCCAGCUGGUCCCGCAGGUUCGACGUCUGGAUCACGUGCUCCUGGACCAAGGCAAUAUCGCGGAAGGACCAGUAGCAUGCCAGCAGUUCCACGACACAGACCGAUGCUCGUUGAAACGAAACGCGGCGGUGCCGGUGGCGCCGAGGAGGGCGAAACCGAGGAUGGCGUGGAAUAUUACAGGCUGAGGUCGUUUUCCAUAACAGCGAACGGGGUCUACAACCUUGGCGAUUCAUUGAAGAGCCGACGGAGCAGGAGCAUCAACAGCGUCACGUCCUCGGGCACCAGCUGCAGCAGCACCAAGGAGGCCAGAUUACGGAGCUCGGCGUCGCAGCUCUCUGGAAUGGAGGCCGAAGAGGACACGAGCAACGAACGAGUGGCCACUUACAAAGUCGGCAUGCUGGGUGCAUCUGGCGUGGGGAAAACCGCCCUCACCGCCCAGUUCACCACCAGCGAUUACAUCUGCGCUUACGACACUUCUCUGGACGAGGAGUAUGGUCAAAAGAACGUGUCAGUGAUGCUGGACGGUCAAGAAACAGAACUGGAAAUUAUCGAUCAUCCAGCGGCAGAAAUGUCGGUUGAGACAUUCUGUUCGACCUACAAUCCAGACGUUUACGUUGUGGUCUACUCUGUGGUGGACAGUCGAAGUCUGAAGGUGGCCCAGGAGACCUUGCUAUAUCUGUGGAACAGCGAUUACAUGGCCAGUCACGGUGUGAUACUCGUUGGGAACAAAGUCGAUCUUGAACGGAAGCGCGAGGUCCCAUCAGUUGUUGGCCGACGUUUGGCGAACAACUGCGGGUGCAAAUUCAUCGAAACUUCCUCCGGGAUAGCCCAUCACGUGGACGAGCUCCUAGUUGGUAUACUGGCGCAAAUCAAAUUGAACCCACAGCGUGACCGGGACCAAGCGACCAGGCGAAGAAGGAGCAAGCACCGCAGGAGGAUCCUCAAGCAUCUGCUCGGCUUCAAGAGGAAAACCAAGAGCUGCGAGAAUCUCUUCGUUCUCUAACGUUUCUCUAUCGGCGAAGGAAGGGAUGAGAAAAGGGACGAAGAGAGGAUUUAUAUCUUUUACGGACCGUUUGUUUUUUUGUGUGCGUAAGCUAUGUAUAAUAAUAGAUCCGAGACGUGUAUCGCGGAGGUAUCCUCGAGAAUUGGCUUCGAGAAGAAUACGAAGAACUGAGAGAAUCUUUCUUUCGGGGAGAAGGAAGUCAUUGAAGAGAGGAUUCUAUCUUUUAUCGACCGUUUGAUUCUUGCGUGCGUAAGCUAUGUAUAAUAUAUAGAAUCUCGAUAGAUUCGAACGAAGAUGCUCGAUAGAUUCCAUGCAUACAGCACACUACGAAAUCUUACACCGAUUAAAUUCCAGAUCGCUUGUGAUUUUCGAAUUUCACGAUUUCAUUUUAGAUACCUCGUAUGGAUCCCUGUGCAACAAUAUUCCAAACAGUAUCGUAACAGUAUUGUGUGUGUGUGUGCACCGCGAAGAAUGUUUUAAAGAUACGUUUAAGGAUUAGAGAAUAAGUAAACGAACAAUGUUCGUGUCGUGCCAUAUCCAGAAGUCUGCUUUGUCCUUAACGCGAGUUGCUUUAUUCAGACAUUUUCCAGCUAUAAGAAACGCAGCGAGUUAUGUAAGUUUCUAUUCAAAAUUUCCCCGUAGAAUGUCACCUUGCAUACCUCGAAGGACAAAGUAACUCCAGCCCACGGCAUCGAGAGCAUUGCUGGUUGGUUAACGAACGAGAUUUUUCAUUGUUUAUUGUAACGUGUUUUUUUCAAACUUGGGGAGCGUUUUCCAGCAAGUAACUUAAGAAGAUAAACAUCCAACGAAAAUUAAAUGCAGCGUUUGGUACCGCAGUAGUCGGUAGGGACUAGUUUUAUAGUAAAUAAGGUAUUUGUCGAUCUCUUUGUUCUUAAUGUAGCUUAUCGCGAUUGGAGUGAAAGAAAUAUAUGAUAUAUUAUAUGAAUUUAUUUAAAACCAUGCUACUUUUCAUCGAUUGAUAGUUAUCUAUUAUUUCUAAUCAGCUCGUCUAUAUCAACAAUUUCAGAUAAACGGAAUGGAAAAGCACGUUUCCACUUGACGAUUUAAAAUUUAAAUAUUCAAGUAUUAUUACUGUAUGAAACUUAAAAAAUUUGUUGUCAACUAGGCUUGACUCCAAGCAAUUAGAGUAUUUUCGAUUGAGUGAUUCUAUUGAAAAAUAUGUGUCAUUAUUUUAAGCUUCGAUUCGAGGGACCGUAUCAAAUCUGAAUAAAAUUCUUGUGUAAAAUA